CACACACGCACGCACGCACGCACGCACACACACGGUCUGGCGCAGAGCGACGGCUAAAAAUUGUCUCUUCCAUUUCCGUGGUUCGCGAGGUAACGAAAACGCGAGCGACGUCGGCGCGUCCGUUGUCCUCCGUGCGUUUGCACAGCCCAAAGCACGCCGACGUGAGAGAGAUAAGCCAUCGCGCGGCGUUCCAACGGACACACGCAGUUUCCCGUGUGGCGCGGGAGUGGGCGACAUACGCACGCACACAUAUCCGUACACAUAUACAGCAAGAGGGAGAGACGACGCGCCGGUCGAGCCUUAAAUAUCGAUUUUGGACGAACCGCGAUAGUCCGUCCGCCACGGCGAGUCCGCCACCUAUUGUCGAGUGCAUGGCACGAGCGACGGGACAACACGCGCGACGAUCACGACCACGACCACGGCACGACGGUGCUCCCGUAAUAGUCAGCCUGUGACGGACGCGCAACAUCCUCGACAAGGCCUCGUAUUAGUUUUGCAGGUGUGCUACAAGGUCACUUCGGUGAUCUCGCCAAGUGAGUAGUGUAAUCGGCGAUCUCUCUCUCUCCGUUAACGUGACUCGCCGAGAAUCUCGAUCUCGCGCGCGCGCGCGACCACGUGUGUGUUGGUAUUAUUCGCCCGUCUCGCGAGACGAGUUUCGCGGCUGAUUACUGGAUUGAUUGGAAGAGGACUCGGCUAUGCUUGAUGUUGCCAUUCGUGGAAAAGAGCGCGACGAGGGCCAUCAUCCACCGAGGACGGCGGAGAUUUAGGAUUGACUAGGCCGAGUGGACGAGUAGACGCGCGCGCGGCGGCGGGUCACCAUGGCGCGCCAUUGCCGAUUGACGACGAGUUGACGGAUCGCGAGGCGCGCGUUUGUCCCCGAGGCGUACCGUUAACGUUCGCGCGUUUGCUCCAGCGUUUCGCCGUCGUGACGUGAAGCAGGAAGCAGGAAGAAGGCUCGCGCAUCUCCCGGCCAUCUCUCUCGCGACAUUUGUAAAAUCAGGCAAGAAUCGACGUACGAAUCGGAAGGAAACAACGACAACAAAUCGCGACGAUGAUCGCGAAUUCAUCUUAUUAUCGUAUUUACCGUUACAUAAACAUAUCUCGUCGAGGCUCGUCGACGGCGUCGAGUCGUCUCUAACCACCGAUCAUCACCGGAGAAGAGGGGAGGAUCUCAGCCGAGGCGAAACGCAAGGGUGAGGCGGGGAGGAGGAGAAGGAAGAGGAGGAGUGCAAGCGAAGUCGCUCGCGCGAGGGAAAAGCCACCGUGAGCAGCAGCGACCAGGCUGCUCUAUCCGAAAGAAUGGUUUCGAGAUAUGGCGUCUCGAAGGAGGGCGCAGUGGGUGUCGCCGUCGGUGCCUUAGGACCCAUGCAUUGUCUAGUGCCACACUGUGGCGGUCCUCAUCAUCCCCAUCAUCUCACGGCUUCGCAUCCUCAGAAUCCGCAGCCAGGUCACAACCACCAUGUGCAUCCUGGUCAUCAACCGCCGCCACCACCGUCGCCGAGUCCCCACCUCAAUCAACUGACGCAUCCUCAGCUCACCGUCAACAUUAGCCAUCUCAGUCAUCAUCAUCACCAACAUCAUCAGCAGCAACCGCAGCAGCAGCAGCAGCCACCACAGCAGCAACAGCGAACGCAAAUGCCGCCCCAAUACCGAGUCACCGCGAAUAGAUCGGAGUUUCAUGGAAACUACAGCGCCCAACCAGGGGGUCAGGUAGGUGGAAGUGCCGCGAGUAAUGUAGGAGUACCCACGGGUAGAGGGCCUCCGCCGCUUGGCGGUAUACAGACGAUAGGACAAUCGGCAGCGGGUAUACCACCCGGAGGUCCCGCUGGGGGACAGGCACCAUCACAGGCCCCGACACCGGGAGUACAAUCGCAACCACCUCAAGGUCCAGCGCCUACUACUACUCCUCCUGUGCACACGCCAUCGCCUCAGGAAAUGGGAAAGCAGGCUCAUUUACAGACGCAACCGCCGUCUUUACAGCAAGUUUACGUGCCGACGCAAAAUAGACCGGCGUCUCAGGGUUAUUAUCAAACGGGUCCAAGGCCGCAACAGCCGCGUGGCAUUAGCCACAGAGGUGGCCAGGGCGCCAGUGGCACACCAGUAGUCGGAAUGGCUGGGGUAGGUGGUGGUGGAGGACAACCGCCUGCCAUAUAUCCCCAUCCGGCUACGUUACCGGUACAGGCAAGUGCAAUGUAUAUAGGCCAAAGUCAAGUUCAUGGUCUUCAUACGGGGCCUCAUCAGCAGUCGGUGUACCCCAUAAAUAAUCAAAUACCGAUUCAUCAGUUUUCCGGCCCACCUCAGCGGCAUCAGCCGCAUCAAAAUCAGUCUUUCUAUCAGACGUUCCAGCCUCCACCACUCAUCACCCCGCCAAAUGUGUUCGGUUACCAUGCGCCCGCACCACAACAUGGUUAUUAUUACACGGCGUCAAACACCAUGAGUUUGACCAGGGCGAGUACAAGUGCUGUCAGCGGUGGAGGGCAGCAUGUGGCAGGCCCGCUGGCUGGUACGCAAGGUGCUCCAGUUGUACCGCAAGGUACACUACAGCAACCUGCCCAACAAGCCCAACCGUUGCCUCCAAUGGGCAUACCACUGUCGCAAACUGAUGUAUACUCUGGACACAAUGGUGGCGCAACGAAUACUAACAGUACUACCAGAUCUCGGAAACCUAGAGGACAGAACGCGAUUUUGGACAUAGUAAAUCCGUUAACCGGCAAAAAUAUAAGUGACGAAAUUUAUAAAGAUAACGAAACUACGCAGAGUGGUGAAUCCAGUAAUCGCGAGACGCCACAACCACAGAAUAACGGUGCGGAGGUGAUAGCUGAUUUUGCUGCUCGCGUCGCAAAGGCCGCGACCGAGGAGUCUGACACGGUAUCGACGAGCGCGUCCGAAACGGCGUCUAAUAUAAUUCAAACAACAGCGCAAACGUCGUUAUCGAACGUUCAAAUCAAUUCCGCUAAUGAGACAAUUAGUCAGUGUAGCAAUAGUUCGCCUAUGCCCUCAAAAAAUAUAGCUAGCGCUGGCGCUGGCAAAACGGUACCUACGAUAAAUAGUCAAUCGUUAGGUGCUUGUAGUAAUGCGGCGCAAAUCGACUCGAGUGCGACAAAAACGGAGUCGAAAGCGUUGCAACUCCCCGUGAAAGAGUUUCAACCUAGGAAUGAAAUAAAGAGUGUGACGAUCGAAGAAUCGUCACCCGUCGUACCCGGAGUGGUAGCCGUCGCGAAUAAAGAUACUGUUUCCGUGCAGCUUACCGCGCCGAUUGCUAACACCGAAACAACGGCUGUGACAGCGACGGUGACGACCGAAACCGAGCCCGAAGUUGUCGGGACUAUUGGCACUGUAGCUGCAACCGGAAUUGGAACUGGAAGCGGAACCAGUACUGGAACUGGAACCGGAAUUGGAAUUGGAGUCGGCUCUGGAUCCGGACCCGAGGCCACCAAGAGUCUUAACGCUUCGUCCAAUGUAGUACAGACGCCGGUUACUCCGUACUGGAGUAACGUUACCCAGGAAGUCCCAAAACCGUCCGCUAUUGUCUCAAGCACCAAUCCCGUUCCUACUAAGGAGCCAUUCCCUAAUCUAUCCAAGACUUCGUCGAACUCGCCGCCGAGAAGGAAACCCAACGCUACCGAGCUGCCUUCAAAUACCAAAGAGCAAAAGGAGAGGAAAACCCGGGAAAAAAGCCUCGGCUCUCGGGGCGCCACUCCCACGCCUGUUCACAAUCAGGCGACGGAUCAUCAUCAUCAAAAGACGAACGGUGACGCGGCUGGCGACAAAACAGAAACGGAGGUGAUGCACCCUAGAAACGAGAUACAGCAAAAAUCAUCGGAUGGUAAAGCUAUGCAGAAACAGAAGAGCAAAACUAAAUUGAAACCCCGCGAACUCAACCGCAAGGGCGCGGAGAAGGAAGGCACUGACAUGGAUGCUUUUGUAAAUACCGUAUCAGCAACAAAAACGGCAGAGAUCAAGCAAGAUAACAAGGAGCAGCAUGCUCCCGCCUCAAAAGACAGUAAUAAAGAGCUCGCUAGGGAAAUCAGCAAGGAUAUUAAAGAGAAGGAUAAUUAUGAGUCAAAGGAGAAAGAAAUUCUCCCCGUUCACACGAAAACUGAGAAACAUGUAUCCGCUGAGGUGUCAAAAGACAGCGCUCCCGCGCAACAAACACCUCACGUUGUAGACAAGCCACCGAUCAACAAGGAAUCUUCGACCAAGUCCGAGGAUAGUAUGUUUAAUGCACUUCCUACGGCAUCUCCGAACGAUGUCGUCGAUCAUGCGGCGGUUAUCGAGGAAAUGCAAUUGCAGGAAGCAUUGGUCGCGCAAAAAAACGAAGAGAAUUUUAAAGUAUCGGCACUCCAUGCGUCCAUUGAUGAAAAGGCGGCAACAGUUACAUCGGCGGUUACUGAAAACAAGAAACAAGAAGUCGAGGUUUCCGUCAAUAGCGGUAACGCCUCGACCGAAACUGCUGUAUCUAACAUUAAUAAGACUCCGUUACUCAAAUACAUGUACAAGGAGGGUCAGUGGAGUCCGGUCAAUAUGAGCGGUAGGAAAUCCUAUGACCGGGAUUUCUUAUUACGCUUACAAUUCGAUCCCAAUAGCAAACUGAAACCAGCUAAUCUACCAAAUUUACAGGCUGUUCUGAAAGAUAGCUUGCAGAAUACGCAUAACACUAUGGACCUGAGACCUUUCAAGGAUACGAACAUUACUAGGCAUGAUUCGUUGAUGCCAGGAUUUGCGAAGACAAAUAUAAGUACACGUCCGCCACCAACGAGUCGUAAGAGUGAUCGAGGCAAACCAAAACCAAAUAAACCAAAUGUUAUUCAUGUUUCGCUAUCAUUAAGAGAAGACGUGAAAUUACGAGAAACGGAAAACGCAUGGAAACCAACGAGAUUAAAGCAGCUUAGUCUUAGUGAGGAAGAGGCGAAAACGGAAAUCCUCUAUAAGAGGGUACGAAGUGUAUUGAACAAACUCACUCCACAAAAAUUCAACACAUUAGUUGAACAGGUUCGACAUUUACCGAUCGAUACGCAAGAACGUCUGCAAGGAGUUAUCAAUCUGGUCUUUGAGAAAGCUGUCGAUGAACCCAGUUUCUCUGUCGAAUAUGCAUUGUUGUGCAAAGAAUUGGGCAUGAUGGAAGUUGCAGGUCCUGAUACUCAAGAUAGUUCCGUCAGUUUCAAGAAACUUAUUAUCACGCGUUGCCAAAAAGAAUUCGAAAAGAAUCCAAUUGAUGACGUCGCGAGAAAUCGAAAAAUAAAAGAAAUUGAUGAAUGUAAUGAUCCGGAAAAGAAGAAAGAGCUCCAACUAGCGCUCGAAGAAGAAGAGCGUAGGAUACGAAUUAAAUCUGUAGGAAAUAUCAGAUUUAUCGGUGAACUCUACAAACAGCAGAUUUUGACAACAAAAAUCAUGCACCGAUGUAUUCGUCAUCUAUUAGAACAGAAUGACGAAGAUAAUCUAGAAUGUCUGUGCAAAUUAUUAACAACUAUUGGAAAGGAUUUGGAAUUAAAAGGAUCUGUUGAGGAGAUGCAGGAAUAUUUUAACAGAAUGCAAGAGAUUGUUGCUCGAAAAGGUCAGAGCAAAAUUAGUUCCAGGAUCCGUUUUAUGCUUCAAGAUGUUAUUGAUUUGAGGGCAAAUAAAUGGAUCCCAAGAAGAAAUGAGAACAAUCCUAAAACGAUAGAUCAAAUUCAAAAGGAAGCAGAAUCCGAGAGACUAGAUAUGCAAGUAAAUAGCGCUCCGUUGAAUACUCCGCGAAAGGACGAUCGUAAUAACGAUAGGAAAAGAAAUCGUGGAUUAGGUGGUCCUACUGACGAUGGUUGGAGUCAACCAGUAGGAAGAGUGAGACCGGCAACGUAUUCAGUGGAAACUGCAAAAUUAAAAAUAAACCGGUUACCACCGAUGGAUGAUAUGCAACUUGGCAACAGGGCAUCUUAUCUAUGGAGAGCUGCAAAUCCAUCCAAUAGUUCCAAGACGAUAAGCUCUAAUAAAUUUGCGUGUUUGGAAAAUAUUGGGUCUAACUUGGAUCAAGACAAGCGAAUGCCACCACUACCACUUUCUGGGUAAGUCAGUAUCAUGUCUUUUGAAUCUUUAAAAAAAAAUAUUUUGUUUACAGAUGGUAGGAGUUCCCGUAAUGGUACUCAUCAGUCGGGUAGUGCAUCGAGUAGAGAUAAUCAUCCAUUAUUGGAUAAUUCACAAAACCGGAAUGUCUCAAUGCUUCCGCCUGUAUUGAAGUCGGCCUCCCAAUCUGGAGCGAUAAGUCACAAGCCUCCAAUGUCGGAGCAAGAAUUUACAAAGGCUUAUAAUUCCAUAAUGAAACAUUAUUUGGAGGAGCCAAUUGUUGAAAAUACGGGAAUAGAGAUUCAACAGAAAUUCGAUAAUGCAACAUUCGCCAAAUUUACACGCGAAUGUAUUAAUCACGUUCUUGAGAAAUCGCCUACUGAACGAGAACUGAUUUCAAAGUUGUUGUCCCAUUUGUUAAAGGAAAAUAUUCUACCUGUAGAGUGUUUCAAGAGUGGAUUAGGAGAAGUGCUGGAAAUAGUAGAUGAUUUAGUUAUUGAUAUACCAAAAAUUUGGACUUAUCUAGCUGAAAUAUUGUCACAUUCGAUAGAAGAUGGAGCUCUUUUGCUAUCUGAAUUGAAGAGUAUAUGUUUAAGUUUGAGAAGGCAAGGCUUUGUAGGUAAAUUCCUCGGAGAACUUAUGACAAAAGUAUCUCGUAGCAAAGGACCUAAAUGGCUUGCUGAUAAAUGGGACCAAAGUGGACUUCAACUGAAUAAUCUAAUUGACCCGGAACAAGAGAACGUUGAUAAGAUCAUUCAGGAAUACAAUUUGGAGUUUCUAACUGGUGAUUAUAAUAGUGCCAAAGACUCCACUGCUACCGAUCAACUUUCGUUGGAAAAGAUUCAAGAAAAUCUUACAAGGCUCAUGAAAGAAAAUACUUCCUUCGACGAAAUUUGCAGCUGGAUAACUACAAAUGUUGGUAGUAGAGAGAAGGAUCCCAAGUUUAUAAGACAUUUAAUGACUGCCAUUUUAGAAACUACAUUAGAACGACAUCACGGCACUUGGAAGCUAAACCUAGAGACUUUCGCGAGUUUACAAACAUUGAUUCAACGGUUUGUCGACGCAAACGAAUUGCUGGAAUUGCAGUGUCUUUAUGCGAUUCAAAGAUAUAUUAAAAAAAUCGAAUUUCCGCCUGGUACUCUCGUUCCCAUUAUGAAUCGAUUGUGGAUGGACAAUGUAAUAUCGAGCGAUGCGUUCCUGACAUGGCAAAAGAAGAUACCGGAAGGAGCGGAUGUCGAAGGCCAUAGCGUCUCAAUCGUCGCGCUCACAUCGUUUUUCACCGACCUGCAAGAACCAGACGAUAAUUCUAGUGUCGAAGAAUUGUCAACCAGUGCGAAUCAGGGCUGUUGACGAUACUGUGACCGAUUGCAUUAUCGUCUAUUAAAAAGACUCAAAUACGCGUUUCCCCGUUGAAAGGAAAAUACAACGCCCGAAAUCAAAUUGCAGUUGUGUUUUUUUUUUCCGCAAAAAAGAAAUUAAAAACGCAGGAACGCUCCCAAGUAUUGAAGGAAGGAACGGUACGAUAAAUAACAAUAAAGUGACACGUAAAUGUAUGUAAUAUAAUCUAUAACUCCAACGACUCUCUACCGAUGAGUAUGGAGAAGUGAGAGUGCUGACUAAAUAAAUACGACAGCUGUAUUUGAAAUACAGUAUACAUAAUGAAGAUAAAGUUUAACUAUUAAUUAUUACAGAACUAUGCAAAAUAAUUAUUAUAUAUAAUUCAAUAAAAUGGUUCAAAGUUUAAAUAAAGCAAAAAAAGUGGCUCGAAAAAUAAUUAUCGUGUUUCUUAUGUAAAAUGUCUCUACAGCGAGGUAGGUCAAUCGCUCAAUAGAACCGGAAUAUGCGUCUUUUUCCAUGCUGGAAUUGGGAGGGAAGACUCAAUGUUACUUCCAAUUAUAUUAACGCAAUUAUAAUAUCACGGAUCACAAACCGAAGUGCUUGUUAUACGAUUUAGAUAACAAAUUGCAGAUCGGAAUAUGCAAUCUGAAAGGGUAGGUCAAUUUUAAACGGAAUUCAAAUUCGGAAA